AUGCUCAACGCAGAUUUAGAAAACCCAGCAUUUUUAAAACACAUCUUGUGGACAGAUGAGUCAAAAUUUGAUAAAGACGGCAUCACCAAUUACCACAACGCUCAUUAUUGGGCUUCAAAAGAAAACAGAAAUCCCAAUAAGAACCAGGAUGUCGUCACUCGCUGGGAUUCUACCCUUCACGCACUUAGGAGGCUUCUUGAGCAGCGAGUUGCAGUUCAAGCAUCUUUACCCCAUGUGAAAUGUAGAACUGAAUUGGCUACACAAGAGUGGGUACUAAUGGAACAGGUUGUCUCAGCGUUGACUUAUUUUGAAGAAGCAACAAAGUCUGUUAGUCAAGAGUCUGCUUGCUUAUCUGACGCCAUACCGCUUAUCAACAGUUUGCGAAGAGUCUUAGAACGUAUCAAGAACACCACGGCAAUGGAUGAUAAUGCUUAUAGCCCUGAAUAUAAUGCUUUUAUACUGCAUUUGAUAGCUGGGAUCAAUGAUAGAUUUGAUUAUUUAGAGAAUGAUGAAACAUUUAUUUUAGCAACAGCACUAGAUCCGCGCUAUAAAUUGCGAACGUUCACUCUGCAAACUACAAGCAUGAAUGCGAAAAGUAUGCUAAUUUCAUUAAUUACAAAUAAUACAUACACAGAGAAUCCUCAUUCUGCAGAGGCGCCGCGACAAAAUCAAAAUGAGAUUUUCUCGGGUAUCUGGUCUGCUUGUGAUAGUUUGAUAAAAGAAGCCGAGGACGACGAGCCUUUAUCAAACAUGUCUAUUCAGCCUGAGCAAGAAGAGGUAGAAUCUUAUUUAAGAUUUCCAAACAUUCCAAUCAAACAAGAUCCAAAGAUCUAUUGGCGCCAAGAAGAUAAAUAUCCAAAAUUAAAAAAUCUUGCACAAAAAUACUUGUCUUACCCAAUGAGCUCAGUUGCUUCAGAACGUCUCUUCUCAACAGCAGGACUGAUACAAAAUGAUUUGCGUAACAGAUUAUCUGCUGAUAAUUUGAAUAAACUUUGUUUUCUUAACAAAAAUCUACCAAAAGUAGACUUUAAUUACUGACUUUAUGUAAUCUUUUUAAGUUAAUAAAUAUGUGAUUGAUUUUAUUUAAAACUAAUAAACGAUGAUUUUAAUUCCUUUUUUUAAAUUAUUUUUGGUAUUUCAUCCUUAGGAAAUAAAUAACUUUGAAGAGAGACAGAUGUACGUCUAGGUAUUUGUAGUGUCAAUAUUUUAUCAACUUCCUUCAAAUUUGUUUAACAUACACAAAACGCUUAACUACUAACCCAUCAAUAUCGGUAUCUGUAUCGGUAUCGCCGAUUAUUUUUCUUUAAAAUCGGUAUCGGUAUCGUAUCGGCAAAAACAUGUAUCGUUACAUCCCUAAUAAAUACCUAUUUAACCCAAAACUAAGUAGGUACUUAUUGCAACGAUACUUGAAUAGGUAAACUGAUACG